AUGGCCCUUCCUCCUGCCGGUGACACACCAACACAACCUCCCCCCAACAACAGAUUAGAGACCGUUGAACAUGGAGAGACGCGAGAGAACGCGAGAAAACACAACGCACCAACUAACCAACCUAAUGCGCCGAUAUUCUUAUACUCCGUCGCAAGACAACUAGAUUACUCAACUCCCGCAGAAGACGAAAUGUCUCAACGAGGACCAUCAAGUUCUUCCGAGAAGACGGAUGCUCCCAAAUUCAACGGAUCGGAUCCAAAAUUGUAA